GAAGGGCGGGUGCUCGCAGCUGGAGGAAAAGGAAAGGCUGGUGGCGGGAAGUUUUCACGCGAGUGCGGCUGAAAUCGAAAGACAUUUGGAUCAACAAUUCAGUUUUAGAAUGGCAUCCAUUUCAGGUCUAACUGAAGAAUUGGAUUCUAUAACCAAUGAGCUACAUGCAGUAGACAUUCAAAUUCAGGAGCUUUUGGAAAGGCAACAAGAGCUUAUUCAGAAAAAGAACAUCUUAACAAGCCGAAUAAAGCAGCAUUUAGAGGCUCCUGAUGCUGGGGAAAGUAGUGAAUGGAAUUCUUUACCUGCUGCUUGGAAUAAAGAAGAUUUUCCCUGGUCUGGUAAAGUUAAAGAUGUUCUGCAGAAUGUCUUUAAACUGCAGAAGUUCAGACUGCUUCAGCUUGAAACUAUUAAUGUAACAAUGUCUGGAAAGGAGGUAUUUCUUGUUAUGCCUACCGGAGGUGGAAAGAGCUUAUGCUACCAAUUACCAGCAUUAUGUUCGGAUGGUUUUACCCUUGUGAUUUGCCCACUGAUCUCUCUUAUGGAAGACCAGUUAAUGGUUUUAAAACAAUUAGGAAUUUCAGCUACCAUGUUAAAUGCUUCUAGUUCUAAGGAGCAUGUGAAAUGGGUUCAUGCUGAAAUGGUAAAUAAAAACUCCAAGCUGAAGCUAAUUUAUGUGACUCCAGAGAAAAUCGCAAAAAGCAAAAUGUUCAUGUCGAGACUAGAGAAAGCCUAUGAAGCGAGGAGAUUUACCCGGAUUGCUGUGGAUGAAGUUCACUGCUGUAGCCACUGGGGACAUGAUUUCAGACCCGAUUACAAGGCACUUGGUAUCUUGAAGCGGCAAUUCCCUAACACAGCACUAAUGGGGUUGACUGCAACCGCGACAAGUCAUGUUCUGAAGGAUGUCCAGAAAAUACUCUGUGUAGAAAAGUGUUUUACUUUCACAGCUUCUUUUAAUCGACCGAAUCUUUAUUAUGAGAUUCGGCAGAAGCCCUCCAACACGGAAGAUUUUAUUGAGGAUAUUGUAAAGCUUAUUAAUGGGAGAUACAAAGGGCAAUCAGGAAUCAUAUAUUGCUUUUCUCAGAAAGAUUCUGAGCAAGUUACAGUUAGUUUACAGAAACUGGGAAUUCAAGCAGGUGUGUACCAUGCCAAUAUGGAACCAGAAGAUAAGACUGAUGUUCAUCGGAGAUGGUCAGCCAAUGAAAUUCAGGUAGUAGUGGCCACAGUUGCAUUUGGUAUGGGAAUUGAUAAACCAGACGUGAGGUUUGUUAUCCAUCAUUCAAUGAGUAAAUCUAUUGAAAAUUAUUACCAAGAGAGUGGACGUGCAGGUCGAGAUGACUUGAAAGCAGACUGUAUUUUGUAUUAUGGCUUUGGAGAUAUAUUCAGAAUAAGUUCAAUGGUGGUGAUGGAGAACGUGGGACAACAGAAGCUUUAUGAAAUGGUGUCAUACUGUCAAAACAUAAGCAAGUGUCGCCGUGUAUUGAUAGCUCAACAUUUUGAUGAAGUAUGGAAUUCAGAAGCAUGCAACAAAAUGUGUGAUAAUUGUUGUAAAAACAUUUCAUUUGAAAGGAAGAAUGUCACAGCACACUGCAGAGAUCUAAUCAAGAUCCUGAAGCAGGCAGAGGACCUGAAUGAAAAGCUCACACCACUGAAAUUGAUUGAUUCUUGGAUGGGAAAGGGUGCGGCAAAAUUGAGAGUGGCAGGUGUUGUUCCUCCCAAACUUCCUCGUGAAGACCUGGAGAAAAUUAUUGCACACCUUCUUCUACAGCAGUAUCUUAAAGAAGACUACAGUUUUACAGCGUAUGCUACCAUUUCAUAUUUGAAAAUAGGACCUAAAGCUAAUCUUCUGAACAAUGAGGCACAUGUCAUAACCAUGCAAGUAAAGAAGCCCACAGAAACCUGUUUCAGGAUGGAAUCACCUCAAACUUGUCAUUCCUUUGAAGGAGCUGAUAAAAAAAGGGAAGAAAAAAAUUCAAGUAACUUCCAGAAGUCUGCAAACACGGUUCAGCAGUCUAAGCAUACAGGGACUAAGAAGAGAAAAAUUGAUGAUGCAUGAAUGUUUCUAAAUUUUCCAAGAAAACGGUUUAUGCACGCAUACAACAGUAUUUUGUAGUUAAAAGUUUUAAGACAAUUUUAUUAAUAUUUUAUACAUAUGGAACUUAUAUCCAAAGUAUUAAAGACUUGAAAAUUCAA